AUGCCAAAAGAUAAACAAUGGAUAAAAGAUUGGACAAAGAUUAAAGGUAUUUUUAUUGAUAUCAAUAAAAUUUGUGAAAAACUCAAACAAGACAUUCAACAAUGUCGUCGAGAAUCUAUUGCAAUUAGUAUGGAAAGUAUCGAUUUAAAUCGUCUUGAUUCAUCUUUUAUGUAUACAAAAUUAUUAAAAGAAGUUAUUCUUGAUAUGGAAGAUGAUAGUAAAGCAAAGAAAGAAUUCAUUCAAUUUUGUCGAAAAAAUAACAUUGGUGACUUAGAUAGAAUGAACAUCAUUGACGAAUUAGAACUAAAUUACGAUAUGUAUACACCUAUAUGGUGGUACACUCGUGGUUGCUUUCUUUAUGACAUGAUUAAUCAAGCAUUACGAUUAAAAGAGAUUAAUGUUAUUAUACAAAUAAGAUUCUUUAUACGAGAACUGCAUAAACAAAUUGAAAAAUUGUAUAAACAACCGUCUGAAGAAUUGAUUUUGUAUCGAGGUCAAGGAUUAUCCUACGCAGAUCUUCAGCAGUUACGUUUGCGAAAAGAUGGUCUUUAUUCGUUUCACCAAUUCUUAUCGACGAGUACCAAUAGAAAUGUAGCUCUUACAUAUGCUCUAAGUAAUCGAGAAAAUCCGGAAUUGGAAGGCGUUAUUUUUCAUAUACAUAUUGAUGCUGCCACUCUUAAAUUUGCAUUAUUCGCUUCGUUGAAUGAAGAAAGCUACUACAAAACGGAAGACGAAUGUUUAUUUGCUAUGCAUAGUAUAUUUCGAAUAGGUGAAAUAACAAAACUUCAACAUAAGUUAUGGCAAGUGGAACUCUCAAUGACAAAUGAUGAAGACAAAGAUCUAAAGAAACUUGCUGAAAAUAUUCGAGAAGCAACACAAGAAUCAACAGGUUGGGAUCGACUAGGAAAAUUGUUAUUGAAUAUGGGAAAUGUUGAUAAAGCCGAAGAAGUCUCCGAAAUACUUAUUAAGAAUUCAUCCGAAGAUGAUUUGGAAGGACUUGCCCAUCGUUAUCAUCUUAUGGGAUCAGUCAAACAAAAUAAAGGUGAUCAUAAAGAAGCAUUUAGUUUAUAUGAAAAAACUUUGAACAUCUAUCAAUCCUUCCCUAAUUCGAAUCAUUUAAAUAUGACUAGACUUUACAAUGACAUUGGAUCAGUACAUAUUCAUAACCAAGAAUAUUUACAAGCAUUAAAAUUUCAUCAAAUGGCAUUAGAUAUAGAAAUAAAAUCUAAUCCAUUAAAUCAUUCAGAUUUAAUAACUACGUAUGGUAACUUGGCUGAGGUACAUAAACACCUGGGACAUUAUCCAGAAUCAUUAAAGUUCUAUCAACAAAAAUUGAGUAUUCACAAGAAGUCAACGACUUUUAAUUAUUUAAAUUUAUCGAUAACCUACGAAAGUAUUGCUGAAAUACAUUACAUUAUGGAAGAAUACAGUAAGGCAUUGAAAUUUUUUCGAAAAGUAUUUAAAAUUCAACAGCAUCGUCUUAUUCUCGAUAGAUCAACAAUAGCUGAUACACAUAAAAAUAUUGGUAAAGUACAUAAAAAAAUGGAAAAUUAUACAGAAGCAACUCUACAUUAUCAAUAUGCGCAUGACAUAUUGGGAAAAUCUCUUCCCGUAAACUUUUCAGAAUUGGCUCGUAUUUUUAAUGAAAUUGCUGAAAUCAAUAAGAAAAUGGGCGAUAGUCUCAAAGCACUCGAGCUCUAUAAAGAAGUGUUAAGAUACUUGAAAAGAUCUUCUAAUCAGGAAGACACCCUAUUAGCAGAUACACAUAACAAUAUUGGUCAAAUGUAUGAAAGCAUUGGUAAUCUUACAAAAGCUUUCUACUCUUAUAGACAAGCUAUUGUCAUUGAAGGACAAUCAUUACUUCGAAAUCAUUCUCGACUUCAAUUAUAUCAAACAGAUUUUCAUCGAAUUCAACGAAUGCUUAAAUGA